AAACGCCGGAACAACAACAUAGAAUCCCGGCAUGCAUUGCGAGCCCGCCGACCCUGUAAGCUAGCCUGCUGGAUGCUAAGCUAGCAGAGCGGACAUGUUGAAGCAACCCUUGCUUGGGUAACCAUUGCCCGCAGCAGGUGCUAAGUGGACGUCGCCGGGCGUUGGACCACCAUGGAUGCCGUCAACGCCUUCAAUCAGGAGUUAUUCUCCUUGAUGGACUCCAAGCCGCCAAUAUCUCGGGCCAAGAUGAUCUCCAUCACCAAGUCGGCCAUCAAGGCUAUGAAACUUUACAAGCAUGUGGUUCAGAUUGUGGAGAAGUUCAUCAAAAAGUGUAAGCCGGAGUACAAAGUUGCGGGCCUGUAUGUGGUAGAUUCUAUUGUCCGCCAGUCCCGGCACCAGUUCGGCGCAGACAAGGAUGUGUUUGGACCCAGGUUCACCAAGAACAUCACAGGAACCUUUGAGAAUCUCUGCCUUUGCCCGCUAGAAGACAGGAGUAAGCUGGUGCGAGUAUUGAACCUGUGGCAGAAGAACGGCGUCUUCAAGAGUGAGGUCAUUCAGCCCCUCCUGGACAUGGCCGGCAGUGGGGGUGCAGUGCCCUUCACAGGCUUCGACGAGCCAGGGUCCCCUCCAUCUCCAGCCAAAGAACCAGUCACCACAGUGACAGCCAACUCCACCAUGGCGCCUGAGGGUCAGCUGGAAAAACAGGACCCCUUCGCCGCCGUGGCGCAGCUCUUCCAGGCCACGCAGGGUCACCAGCUUCAGCAGAUGCUCCAGAACUUUCAGCAGCAGCCUGUCAAAGCAGACACGGCCCCUCGGCCUCCCGCCCCUCAGACAGACACCCAACACGUCACCCCCGUCUUUAGCCACACUAUCCAGCAUCCUCCUCCACCCUCCCAGCAGAAGACGGCAUUUGACAGGACGCUGCUGGAUCGUUUCGACUAUGACGACGAACCAGAAGCUGGUGACGACGCCAAGGGUGACUCCUCGCAGCCCUCUUUUAUGCAGCAGCCCGCGUCCCUCCAAUCAUCCAUACUGAGCAUGACUCAGGACCUCUCACAGCAGGUUCCUCUCCCUCCUAACGGCCAGCUCCCAGCCUAUGGUUUACUUCCAGGACAAGGCUUCCCGGUUAUGAUGCCUCCGCUGGGGCACAUUCUACCAGGCCAGGCCCUCCCUGUUUCCACAGGACAACCAGGCUUUCAAGGAGGUUUCCCACCACCUAGCUCAGCUCAUCAGGACUCGUCAGUUGACGCGGGAUCGUCUAUGAGGGAUGGCAGACACAGUCAAAGGUCACGAUCAGGCUCCAGGUCUCCGAAGCGUAGAAGGUCACGGUCCAACUCCCGCACGCGCCGAUCCAGACAUAGGCGGUCCCGCUCGCGCUCCAGGGACCGCCGCCACCAAUCCCCGCGAUCUCGCUCGCAGGAGCGUAAGGAGAGGGAGCGGGAACGGGAGCGUUGCCAAAAGGGUCUCCCACCGUCCAAGAAUGAGACGCUGAGCAUCUGCAGCACAACUCUGUGGGUGGGCCAGCUGGACAAGAGGACUCAGCAGCAGGAUGUGGCGUGCCUGCUGGAGGAGUUUGGACAGAUCGAGUCCAUCAACAUGAUUCCUCCACGCGGUUGCGCCUACAUUGUCAUGAUACACCGACAGGAUGCGUUCAGAGCCCUGCAGAAGCUCAGUCGAGGGUCCUACAAAGUCAACCAAAAAGCCAUCAAGAUUGCAUGGGCGCUCAACAAGGGCAUCAAAGCCGACUUUAAACAGUACUGGGAUGUGGAGCUGGGAGUCACAUACAUCCCCUGGUCCAAAGUGGGGGAGGACCAACUGGAGGACCUAAAAGAAGGAGGGAUGCUGGAUGUAGACACUUUCUCGCCAGAGUGGAGCACAGUGAGAAAGGCCCUUACCAACCCAGAGCAGCUCACCCACAAUGGCGGGGCAGAGUCCUCGCAGCCCGAGGAGGUGCACAUGUUAGCCGCAGCUCCUCCUGCACAGGUUCCUCCAAUGAUUGGCAUGGGAGCUGUGCAGCCUCCUGGCUUUCCCGCCCACAUAGGAAUACCGCCUCCUUCCUUCCCCCCGGGCAUGCCCCCGCCUCCUUUCAUCCGACCUGGCUUCAACCCCAUGCAGAUGCCUCCAGGUAGUUUCCUCCCACCUGGGGCCAUGCCUCUCAGACCACCACCCGCUUCCAAAGCUGAAGACAUGCCUCUGGGCCCUGCAGGUCUGGUCAACAGGAAACACGAGGUGGUUCCGGAUGCGCCCAACUUCUUCAAUAACCAGAUGGGGGCCGUGGGUAACCAGGUAGGGGGUCCUCCAGGGGGUGCUCCAGGGAAUAUCCAGCCCCCUACUGGUGGCUUGCUGGGGACACGGCCAGGUUUGAUUCCACUGCAACGCCCCCCAGGUCCUCCUUUGCUGCAUGGUCAACGUUUCCCUCCACCCCAUGCACAGCAAUCUCCUCUCCCUGCCAUGCCCCCCGUCCCUCCACAGAUGAUGCCCAGGGGGCCUCACACGUCGAUGAUGCGCCAUGACGGCCCUCCACCCAAAGGAGGCUUUGGGAUGCCCCCUUCCCACAACAUAAGACCUCCAUUUCCUCCACACAGGCACGGACUGCCCCCUCAAGGUCCCCCUCCUCCUUUUAUCAGACCAGGGCCCCCCCAUGCAGUUGAUGGGCCUGAAGAAACGACUGGCCGCUCUUUUCGGGGUGAGCGGCUGGGUUUGAGGGACCAGGAGCCUGAUCGGGAGAGAAACUGGGACCGAGAGAGAGACCGAGAGAGAGACCGAGAGAGAGACCGGGAGAGAGACCGGGAGAGGGAUCGAGGAUUCGGGGGCGCAAGACGUCCAUUUGGCGAUGGGGGAAGGGGCGGCGACAGAAUGGACGUGAGGGAUAGACUCAGCAGCUGGCAGGAAGAUGGUGAUCAGCGGGGAGGCGGAUGGGAAAAGGACAGUGACAGACGGGACUGGAGGGACCGACGAAGCAGCCUGGACCGGGAACGAGGGAGAGGGGGUGACGGGGACAGGGAAAACGGGAGAGGUGAAGGUGGCGAGAGAGGAAGAGCAGAAGGAGGGAGUCGGGAGAGCGGAAGAGCGGCUGAAGGCAAAGCGGGGGAGCGACCCAAACGCCGCGAGAGGACCACGCGAUGGGAUCGGGACGACCGACUGGCUGAGCUGGAGAACAUGGACAAGUUUCGGAAACCUAACGCCGCACAGCAGUUGGUUGCCAUGGAAACAGGGAAAGAACCUGUUUCGGAAGCCCCCCAAAAGACUCCUGAAUCAGCACCUUCAGCUCCACCCCCACAAUCAGCUCCUGCUGAGUCCCUGUCCUCCGAGGCUCAGAGUGAGCCGGUAGAAGCCAAACAGGAGGCUGCGUCUUAAGACUUGUAUGACUUCCUGUCACACUGUCACAUGACUUGUUAGUCUGUUUAACAAGCCAUCACAUGGAAGUUACACCCCAAGAACUGGUUGCAUCUUCUCCUCCCUGUGCAUUGUAUGUAUGCUCGCAUGUUGAUUUGACUUCUGUCUCUUUAGAGGUUCCCUCAGAGUAGAUUUGAUCUUUUUAAUAUGUUUUAGAUGAACAAACAGUCAAAUGUUUUUGUUUUUUUUACUUCAAGGCCUCGUGUGUUUGCAGCCACUCCUUCCCCACCAACAGCAAUGUGUUGAUUUUAAAAAGAUACCAGUAUGCAUUUAACAUGUCAUUCACCUGCUUCUUGUUUUUAUGAGUACAAAUUGGGGAAAAAAAUAUUUGCUUUACAAAUACACUAACCCAAUCAAAAGUAGAAUACAUCCCAUGUGAAAGCAUUAAAACAAUUUAGGAACACAUUUAUCAAGCAAGCUUUUUUGUUAUAAUUUGUAUUGUAAUUUUAAAGUUAAUUUUAAAGUGAUUUCUAUCCUGACUUAACUCAAAGAUCAAUCUCUGCAAACAAAUAAUGAGCAUACAAAUGAUUUAAUUAAGGGAUUUGGUGCUGCUGUGUGUUUUCCUAACCAAACAAGCUUUGUUUCACUGCUGAAAUACUGUAUGUGACUUUAGUUAACCCCAGAAGACCGACUCCUACUUGAAUCAUUUUAAUCACAAUGGAACAGAGUGACGAAAUGAAGAGCACUGCUUGGAGCCGCCACUGUAAAUAAGCUUUUCACUGUCCGUACCAGGGUGUGAUGCUAAUUGUUUCUAACCUUUUUGCUUUGAGAGCAAAGGUGAAGGACCUGGAAGGAAUCGCUACAGCCCUUUUGCUUUGAGGUUUUAACUUUGAACGUUAACAGUACAAAAGACAUGGAUGUAAAAUGUUCCGCAUUUCAGCCACAAAAAUGUUUUUAAUAAACUAUUUUUGUACCAA